UUUAUUUUCCCUUCGUUUCUCAUUGGUACCAACAUGGCGGCUCGCUAUGAGGAUCCGUAUCGUCCCACAAAUAACGGGGCACAGUGGUCCUAUAGCAGAGCCAUGAUGCAGAGUCCAAGUAGUAAUGGAUCAAGGCCACAGAGUAAUAGCAGUGUAGUGAGUGAACGAGGGCCUAGGACCAGUGAGGAUGUAUGUAUUGGAGAGGAAGUCAGGAUUUCUUUACAUCUAGCAAUUGAAAGAUUUAGAAGAAAUGAAGACCAAAAAGAGUUGGAAUUUCCUUCAUCCUUAUCAGCCACAGAAAGAGCAUAUGUACACAGAUACUGUGAUACAGUUGGUCUAAAGCACAAGAGCAAAGGAAAAGGCAACAAUAGAAUAUUGACAAUCUCAAAAAAGGAACUGAAUCAAACCCAGGCAUCAGCCUCAUCAGUGAAAAUCAUCAGGAAUUCCAGACAACAGAUAUGUAACCUGCUGCAGAGGUUUCCUCUUACUACCAAAGAAAGACAAGAACUGAUGCCACAGAUGGAAAGAAGUCAAGCAUUUGACACCAGCAGAGAGGCUGCAAAAGCAACUAUUGGGAAACUGAAUAAUGGAGUAGCACAGGUUCCCCCUCCCCGAGCUAGUACAGAGUUGGAUGCCUUCAGGAACACAUUGCCUGUCUUCAAACACAAAGAGGAGAUCAUUCACAGUAUCAGCUCCAACAGAAUUAUUCUAAUCACAGGAGAAACUGGGUCAGGGAAGACAACUCAGAUUCCACAGAUGAUUUUGGAUGAUUGUACAGUGAAUAACAAAAGGUGUCGUAUACUCUGCACUCAACCAAGGAGAAUAGCUGCACUCAGCAUAGCAGAGAGAGUUUCUGCUGAGCGAGGGGAGAAAGUAGGACAGACUGUGGGAUAUCAAAUCAGACUAGAGAGCAAGGUAUCUCCCAAAACUCUUCUUACAUUUUGCACCAAUGGAGUCUUGUUGAGAACUUUGAUGAAUGGAAGUCAUUCUUUGUCAACUGUUACACAUGUCAUAGUGGAUGAAGUUCAUGAGAGAGACAGAUUUAGUGAUUUCCUUCUCACUGCCAUUAGAGACGAGCUUCCUAAGUACCAACAAAUGAAGCUCAUUCUAAUGAGUGCCUCAAUGAAUGUGGACUUGUUCAUCAGAUACUUCAACAACUGUCCUGUUUUAAGAUUCCCUGGAAGUCUAUUUGAUGUUGAAGAACAUUUCUUGGAGGAUGUGCUGAAAUGGACUGGAUACACAAAUAAAAAAAUGGAGAAACUAAAGAAAAGCCAAUCAAACUUGGAGAAACAACAGAAGCACCUGAGUCAGUGGUGUCAGAUCCAGAUGGAGGAAGCCUCGACUACUCCUCACUCUGAGGAGAUUGAGGAGAAAAUGGCUGCAGAACUGUCAGAGGAGCAAAAAUUCUCCGAGAGUGCUGAUGAGAAAGAAGAGCUAGAACCAUGGCUUGUGAAAGAAAUGGAUGACCUUCUCAGUGAGAUAUGGCUCACAGGAAAUGAAGACUGCUUCUCUCAACUUAUACAUCUCAUCAAAAGUGAAAAUGUUUCAGUGGACUACCAACAUUCUGAGACUAGCCUUUCUGCUCUGAUGAUUGCUGCUGCUCGAGGAUUCACUGCUGUAGUAGAACAUCUGCUUAACUUUGGAGCCAAUGCCAAACUUAAGUCCUCUAAUGACUGGACUGCACUAGAUUUUGCUAAGAAGUUCAACCAAGAAGAGGUGAUAGAAAUGCUUCAAGCUUACAUGGUUGAAUAUGAAAUGGGAUCGUCAGAUGAAAUCAGUGUUAUUGCUACUGUGCCAGCUCGAAUUCUCUCAGAGGAAGACAAAGAGCUGCUGAAUUUGUAUCAACACAGUUUUGAUGAUGACAAAGUGGAUAUUAUUCUCAUUCUACAAUUAAUAAUCAAGAUACUCUCCACAAGCAAAGAUGGUGCCAUAUUAGUCUUUUUAUCAGGUUAUGAUGACAUUGUUACAUUGAGAGAAACAUUAAGUGACAGCAAAAAUAUGGAUAAAUUCAGGUAUGUGCUAUACACUUUGCAUUCAUCUAUGCAAUCCAAUGACCAGAAAAGGGUAUUCAAAUCUGUACCACAUGGAGUGAGAAAAAUAAUUCUGGCAACUAACAUUGCAGAGACUAGUAUCACAAUUAAUGAUGUUGUAUACGUGAUAGAUUCUGGGAAAGUUAAAGAGAAAGCUUUUGAUGCCCUUUUGUCAUUGUCAAUGCUGAAGUCUACUUGGAUUUCAAAAGCUAGUGCACUUCAGAGAAAGGGGAGGGCUGGGAGAUGUAAGCCAGGUGUUUGCUAUCACCUCUUUAGCAGAAUCAGAUACAGUAUGAUGCAAGACUUUGCUACUCCAGAACUUCUGAGAUUUCCUCUACAGGAAAUUUGCCUUCAUACAAAGCUGAUUGCACCAAUUCAUUGUCCAAUAGCUGAAUUUCUGGCAAAGGCACCUGAGCCACCUCCUUACAUGGUUACAAGAAAUGCUGUGUUGUUACUUAAGCAAAUUGAUGCUUUAGAUCACUUUGAGGACUUGACAGAAAUUGGUUAUCAUUUAGCAGACCUACCUCUGGAGCCAAGGCUGGGAAAAGUUGUUCUGUAUUCUAUUGUACUGAAAUGCCUGGAUCCAAUUCUAACCAUUGUGUGUGCUUUAGCAUAUCGAGAUCCCUUCAUUCUUCCCUCUUCACCACAUUUAAAGCGUGCAGCUGAUCAGGUCAGGCGUCAGUACAGCUCCAACACAUUCAGUGAUCACAUGGCCCUACUCAGGGCUUUCCAGGGUUGGCAAAGAGCUCGCACUGACAAUUGUGAGAGGAGUUACUGUGAGAAGAAUUUUCUGUCAUCUGCUUGUAUGGAAAUGAUUGUUGGCAUGAGGACACAACUUUUAGGACAAUUGAGAGCCUCGGGUUUUGUGCGAGCUAGAGGAGGAGGAGACAUACGUGACUUGAACACAAACUCGGAGAACUGGGCAGCAGUCAAGGCUGCUCUGUGUGCAGGGAUAUAUCCCAAUCUUGUGAAAAUUGAAAGAUGUACAAACAUCAAAAUGGUUUCUCAGAAAUCUUCUGGCAUCAAGUUCCACACAAGUUCAGUACUAAAGAACCCAGCCCUUCCAGAGAAGAAGGCCAUACAGAAUAUUCCUACAGACUGGGUCCUGUAUGAGGAGAUGAGCCGUUAUGAGAGGAGUGCUUAUAUCCGAUGUUGUACUGCCAUUUCUCCAAUCACUGUAGCUCUCUUCACAGGACCCAUCAAACUACCACCAGAGAGUGUCAGAGAUGGGACAAAAGCACAUGCCAUGCUACAUGCAGGAAUGGAGGACAGUAGUGAUAGUGAAGGAGAAGAAAAGGAAGAUAACACUAAAACUACCUUACAGUUUGAUGAUUGGCUGGCCUUCAAACUGGACAAUGAGACGGCAAACAUGGUGCUUCAGUUGCGACACAAAUGGAACUGUCUCUUUCUUCGAAGAAUGAGAGCUCCCUCCAAACCCUGGUCACAGGUAGAUGAGGCUGUCAUUAAAGCAGUUAUCAGUGUCUUAAGUAAUGAGGAGCAGGCCCUUGGAUUUCAGCAGCCAGCUGGUAUUGGGCAGAGACCAAGACCCAUGACUGAGUACAUGUCUGCAGGUGGAGGGAGUUACAGUAGCUAUGAUAAUGAGGAUCACAGUAACAGGGGGAGAAGGACACCUGUUACCCCACCCAAGAAACACACCAGUGUCCUACCAAGAACACCUCGUACACCUGGAAACACUAGAUCAGAUGGUUCUUCAGCUAGCAGCAGUCCAAAGGGCAGUGUCCCCACCACCCCCUGUACCAGUCCUCAGACUGGGAGUAAUACCCUGGCCAGCCCUGCAAAAUCCACUAGCAAAUAUUUUGUUGUCAAACCCAAUGAUCAAAAUGUAUUGGAUGUUGCCUUAUCAAAGUCAAUUUAUGCAACAUCACCAAAAAGUGAAGCCAGAUUUAACAAAGCAAUACAGGAUGGGAAGGAAUUGUACCUAAUUUUCUCUACUGUGGGUAGUGGACAGUUCCAGGGUUAUGCCAGAGUAACAGAACAAAGCAGCAAGGACAAAUGUCCUGAUAUGUCGGGAGAUGGCCUUGGGGGAACAUUUAAGAUUGAAUGGAUUAAAAAGGUAGUUGUACCAUUUAAGGCAACACAUAACAUAACCAACAGUUGGAAUGAAAACAAAAGAGUGCAAUACAGUAAAGAUGGACAUGAGUUGGAAUCUUCUUGUGGAGAGAAGCUCAUUCACGUUCUACAAACGUUUGAACCCAAAUUAUAUGAAGCAUCAUCUGAUGAAAUGAAGGAAAAUGAUGAGGAGACUGAUUUAUCUAGUGACAAAGCCUCAAAGUCUUCACAUUCAGAAGAGGACAAAGACUCCCUGCUCUCUGAUGAGGAUAGAACUAAACAAGAUGAUGGAGACAGAAAUUCCAACAACACCAGGGGUAGAUAUCCAGGCCAUUAUCAGGGUCGACAUCAACAGGGUUAUGAGGGUCAGAGGCCAGGGUCAUAUCCUUACUCAUCUUCAUCACAAAAUCAUCAGUAUUAUCAUCAUCAACAGCAGGGUUAUCAUGGUGGAGGUGGAGGUGGACAUUAUAACUCUAGAAUGUACAAUAUGGGAUAUCCUCCCCCCAUGGGACCUAACUACAACCCCAUGUACAUGGGAAUGCAUUCUCCUCCCAGACAUCCACUGUCUCCUGUGAUGAUUCUGCAAAGAGGUCAAAGGUCAGGAAGUCACUUCAGAGGUUAUCAUCCAGGAUAUGGGUCAGGAUAUCACUGAUACGUUUAUCAAAAAGCAUUUUCACUGCCCUUAUUGACACAAGUCAGGGUUUAAAAAAUUACAUGUAUGUGUACUUCUACAUUUAAAAAAAGGUAUAUGUCUAUAUGGAAAUGAUUUAGGUUUGAAAUUAGUACAUGUAAGGUACUUGAAUAAUUUCAUCAAAAUAUAUUUGAAGAAAACUUACAGUCAGGAAAAACAUCUUAAGCAUCUGUAUUUUGUUUUAAAUUUUCUUUCUUAUCUGAAUGUGAAUUAAUUACAUCGGUUAAAAACUCUGUAUAAGCAUUAUCAUUGUACAUUUUGUAAGAUGUAAGUGUACAUACUGUUGACAAUGAAAAAUGUAAGUCAUUGGCUAUUUGGUCCUUUCUAUGUGUAUAUUAGCUGCAAUAAUGUAGCCCUCUCCGAUUUUUUUUUUAAUCUGAUAUUUUCAGGAGAGGGCUACAAUUCCACUGCAUCUCCGUAAUGUUGCAAAUAUAUUUUUUAGAUACGGGCAACUGCAGGCAAAAUAAAUUAUUUUUGCAUUCAACUUACUUCUAAUAAGACGGAAUUUUUAUUCACUAUCAACAUCAUAACCUUUAUACGCGAAAACCAAGUAAAAUAAAUCUGCGUGUUUACCAGUCAUUCUCAUGAUAUCACUAUACAUCGAUAAAUAAAAGCAUUCCAUGUGAUAAUUUUUUGAUAAACAGUGAUAUUUAUGCUUAAAAUAAGGGAAAUCCUAAACAGAUCCGCUCCCAUAGAUCCCGAAUUCUCAUUGGUUGUCCCAAAAUAAAAUUGAUCAAGGUUAGUAAAUAUGGUGGAUAAAUUCAAGUUGUGAUGUUGACCUUCAGGAAAAAUAGCUGAUAUAUGGAUUGUUCUGUAUAUUUUUGGAUCAAUUCAUGUCUUGCAUAUAGCAACAUUUUAUGAGUUCAGGUAAGAUAUGUUAAUAAAAUACUCACUUACUGAUAAUUUGAGCCGAAAUCUGUGCGGUAGUGAAUCACUCCCGCACUUGCACCAUUAAGGAGAUCCUAAGGAGUUGUAGCUCUCUCCCAAAAAAAAAAAUUUGGAGAGGGCUACAUUAUUGCAGCUAUAUGUAUAUAUAUAUAUAUAUAUAUAUAUAUACAUAAGUAUACAAUAUCUAUAUAGAUGUAUUUUUUGCAGUGAUCAUAAAUGGUGCCAUAAGGACCAAGAUGUGAAAUCUUGCUAAAAAUGAGUACACAUAAAGCAAUAAACUAUUUAUGUACAUGUAAAUGUACCAGUGUUUUUUAAAAGGUUGUAAAUCCAAGAUUGGAUUAUGUUUAUUUCUGUUGCUAAACUCUGCAUUUUUACAUGUGUCCUGGAAUGUGUUGCUUUGGUUUUAGUAAGGCCAAGCUUAAAAAAAAUUGUUUCAGUUGCUGAUCCACAAUUCUUAGAGUGGGUAGGUAGGUAUUUUUUUUUUAGGGGGAGGGGGUCAUUUUUUUAGUUGUCAGGUACAUGUAUUUUUGGAUUAAUAAUCAUAGGGAUUUUCAUUGAGUAUUGAAAAGAUUUUGUAUCUGCAUGCUACAUUUAAGGUAGGAUCUAUGUCAAAAAAAGUCCUUUUCACAGGAUUUUUAAACUUUUCAAAAUUAUUUGCUAGUAUCCACUUAAUAAUCAUUUAAAAAUAAAUGGCAUGUUUCCCUCUUAUUUAUUUAAAAAAAAAUGCAUCCAUGGUAAACAGUACUCACUUUCGACAAUAAAGCAUUAUCAUUAAACGAUUGUACUGUUGCAAAUUUUGCUUUGAAGAUAAAUUAUCUCUCUUAUUUAUGAUGUAACGAGAUGCAUCCCAAAGUUUACACUUAAAGUAUAUUCAUAACAAAAGAAAACAUUCACACUGGGAGAUUUCAGCUGCAUUUAUAUGCUUUUAAAAGCAAUUCUAAUGACUUAUAUUUUUACUUCAAUAUAGUAAAUAGAUGUACUAUGUAAUAUGCUGUUAAUGUUCAAUGUGAUAUUCUGCCAAGCAUGUACAGGUAUAUACUUAAGUCUUUAAAAAUCAUGACAACAAUUGAACUGCAUAUAUCAGCUAGAUUAAGAACUUGUUAAACUGGAUUUAAUUUCACCCUUCUGUAAUUGAAAACUUUGUAGUACCGGUAAGUACAAAUGUACUUAGUACUAAGAAAUUGACAUACAUGUACUCAGAUACUGUAAAAGUGAAAUCUUUGACGACGUGGAAAUGUUGACAAAUGACAAAAAAUCAUCAAAGUUCCCACUCGUCAACUUUUACAUUCUUGUUAAAGAGCACUGUUAAAUGCUAUCAUAUCGUCAAAGUUUUCAUUUGCCAUAAUUCUAAAAUCUUGAAAUUGUCAAACUUUCAAUCCUUCAGUAUAGCCACAUUUAUAGUAUCUGAAAACUAAUAGGUUCCCGAUGUCAUAAUGUAGACUAUUAAGGAUUUUGUUUGCAUGUUUAGAUUUAUUUCCUUUGAAAAUGAGGUUACUAUUAUCUGUAACAACCUGUAGUGUCAAAGUCACUUGAAGGUUUAUUGUGCAUAUGAAUAAGACUGAGCUGUUCAACUACAAAUGUUCUUUCUUGUCAAGGCAAAAAAAAACUCCAGACAGAUAGAUUAAGAAUAAUACAUAAUUGAUAUAUGUAGUUGUGAUUAAGCAUAUCAAUGACACUUUGGAAUGAAUUAAAAAUUGAAUAUUAUAAAUUGACAUUUUGUUAAGUUUUCUUCUCAUGAACUUUAUAUGGAAUUAGUUUAAUAUGUUCUGUGCCAAAUGAAUGAAAAAUA